CUUGAAAGGUUCGGGAACCAGACACAAGUGGAUGACAUGGUCAUUUUCUGCUUUUUCAUUCGGUUCCUAAAUACUCCCAAACCUAUUGUUCUAUUUUCCCAGGCUAUUGAUGGACAAGAGAAAUCCCCAGUGUCGACCUCUGUUUGAUCUGGAUGAAGUGUUGUCAUGGAAACCAGACAAAGACCCAUUUUGUGUUGCUGGGAUUUCCAGAAGACCAAGAAAAAUCUUGGAUAACCCCAAAAUACUUGUCUGUCAUGACAUGCAUGGGGGCUAUUUGGAGGAUAGAUUGGUUCAGGGCUGUGGUCGCCCUGGAAGCUACCGUUUCUACCACUGGCAGAUAAUAGACACGUUUGUUUACUUUAGCCACUAUUUUGUUACCAUUCCUCCUCCUUCUUGGACAAAUGCAGCUCAUAGACAUGGAGUUAAAAUACUUGGAACAGUAAUCACUGAAUGGGAUGAUGGCAAGGCCCGAUGUGCUAAAAUACUUGAAUCAGAGGCUUCAUACAAGCAGUUUGCAGACCAGCUUGUGAAGAUUGCUGAAUACUAUCGAUUUGAUGGCUGGUUGAUCAACAUAGAGAAUGCCAUAGAGAGUUCUGAUGCAGUGGAGAGACUGCGUGGAUUUGUUGGCUACCUGACUACUGUACAACACCAGAGCUGCUCUGAGUCAGAGGUGAUCUGGUAUGACAGCGUGCUCAACAGCGGCAAGCUGGACUGGCAGAACGCUCUCAAUGCUGGAAACCAGAUCUUUUUUGAUGCCUGUGAUGGGAUAUUCCUGAACUACUGCUGGACAGAGGAACAUCUAUUAGAGUCCAAGAAAAAUGCAUUAGAGUGCAAUCGUCCAUUUGACGUAUAUGUUGGUAUAGAUGUGUUUGGGCGGGGUUGCCCUGGGGGUGGAGGAUUCAACACUGUAGAGACCUUGACAGCCGCACGCAAGCACAAUCUGUCUGCUGCAAUUUUCGCCCACAGCUGGGUCUAUGACAAGCUGGAUGUCAAACAGUUUACAGAGAACGAGGACAAGUUCUGGCAGUUGCUGGGACAUCUGUGCUCCCCCUGCUGCUACACAAGUCUGCCUCUAAGUACCACCUUCUGUCAGGGGUUUGGAGAGAGGUUCUUUGACAAUGGCAUGCCUGUUGGUAAUCCUUGGUUCAACAUGAGCGUACAGCAACUUCAGCCUUGCUUCAUCCAGUCUCAUGGCAAAAGUGCCUCUGUAGAACAAAACAAGAACCAGUCCAGAAUUCAGAUUCCUCGGGCCAGUGUUACGUCGGAACAGAACCCCGGCAUUGUAGAUGGAGAAUCACAGCCAGAGAUGGGCGUGUGUACAGAUGAUUCCUUUAUAGGUGGCUCUUGUUUACGCUUGACUGCUGAUAUUGGCAACAGCCAGUUUGUUAAAUAUAGCCUGUUUUCGCUGGAUGUUCAGUUGAAGCAGUACUCCUCAGUCUACGUCUCGUUCACCUACAAGAUCCUACAGGACCCAGACUGUGAUAUCUUCUACGAGCUUCACUUGCAGCACGAUGCACAGUCCAUCGUGUUGGUUCUCCUGCCGUUCCCAGACGGGGACAAGCCAGUUCCCAUAUUUGGCAAGGACAUGGCCUGCAUGUACGUUCACGCCAUCCCAACCACCAGUCUGCCCAAGCUACUGAGCGUGUCCACUCCUCAGCAGAACAACACCCGAUGGAGGACAAGAUGGUUUCCAGUGCACAGCCUGUACCUGAAGUUCUGUAGACUGACCAGUGUCAAGGUGGGAAUGACCACUACUGACCCACAGCCCAAGAAAUGUAUUGCCCUCCUGGGGGACUUCAAGCUGAUCUCGGUGGAGAGUCUGCCCAGUGAGUUCCCUGCAGUGGUCCUCGACAGUGUGACCCCUGACCUGACCUCCUCCUACCCGCUGAUAGAUGAGGCCUGUAACAAUUACAACAAGGAAGACCAGGUACCAGCACCAGAGUCAGUCAACUGGGGAGUGGACGCCUCUGGAAAUGCCAUCACGAUUCCGUACGACAAGCUGGACAGCAUGCGAGUGUCCUGUCACACGCUUCAAGACUUCCGCCCUGGAAUCGGUGGCCAGUUGUGUCAGGUGCUCUAUCAGCUGAUAACCAGCCUGGAUUGCUUCACACUCAAGUGGAAAUCAGACAACCCUGACACUGUAGACCAUUAUCGUAUAUACCAGAUAAAAAUAGACUCUGGAGUUGCAAAACUUAUGGGUCAUGUCCUUCAGCCCAUCUUCAAAGUGACUUGGUUCGAGAUACCAGAUUAUGAAAGGAAUGAGAGCGUACACCACUUCAAGUUUGUAGUGAGACCAGUGCUGAAGUGUGGGGUAGUUGUGCCUUUGGAUUACGCCUACUGCAAACUGUUCCAGGUGGCCUCACGUAAGGAUAGCCCUGUCAUUGUCACUGAUUCAUACCCAGGGAUGUUAGAAACUGAACAAGGAAAACAAACAGCAGAAACAGGGAAAGACUCAAAAAUGGUUGAGAAACAGUCUAAAGACACAAACACAUUGGAAAACUUGUCAGAAAAACUGUUAGAUGAUCAAGAUUUAGGAAAGGGCUGUUUUCCUAAAGGACGUGAAUCAGAAAAGCCAAAUCUGGAAACUGAACAAUGCACUGCAGGUGAAGAAAAUCUGGUGCAUGAUGUAUGUAAAAAAGAUGAAUGUGACAGUGAGAAUGUUGAGAGUACUUCAGGGGCAAGGGCCAACAGUGAUAUCGAAAACUUGACACAAAAACUACAAAUCUCCGAUUCAUAGAACAUACUGGUCUCAGAAUUGUGUAUGUAUUGUGAUAAAUACCCUUUGCGUAAUGUUAUUAAAUAAUGCCCAUUUAGUAUUAUUUUAUGCAGAGUUGCAAGUCAAUUGUGCUUAUAAUUGUGAAAACACACACCAUAGUAUAAUUCAGAUCCAUAAAACGACCAUAGUGAAAUUAAUAUCCCGAGUCUUUGCUUUCUGUUGAUAUUCAUAAUGCUAAUAGUUUACUGAAGAGUCCUGUUUUAUUCUCACAUGCUUGUGAAACAACUGCUGUUUACAAAAAAAUCAAAGCUUGUUUAUUUAUUUUAGCAACUAGUUAUUACUAUGAAGCUCUCUGAUUAUAUUCCUUAAAUUGACGUUUCGGCAUUAUGCCUUUAUCAAAACAAUGGAAAUUAUAUGUUAACUACAUUUUUACGUCUUUUGACUGCAAAAUUUAAAUUACAAAGAAAAUAUUUUUAAACGUCAAAUGACGUUGUACAUGAUGUCAUCAUAAAUGACGUUAUAUAAAAUGCCGCAAAAAAUUGUAAAAAUUUGCCCAAAAUGAAAUGACUUAAAAUUAUUUACUUACACAUUAUGUCUCAAUCUUAUGUUAAAUGUGUGCUUUAUAUAUUUAAUAAAUUGAUAUUUUACAAUAAAACAAUACAUUAUCAUAUUAAAUUUUAAUUUACCUAAACUUGUUUUCAUAAAUUUAAUGAAUUCAAUCCAUAUCUAUGUAAAAGAUUAAAAUGAUAUUUGAUUAAAUAAUCAUGUAUACUUGCUAUUCUAUCUUAUCAUAUACACAUUCUGAAUAAGAUAAAUUGCAUAAAGUACUAUUAUUUUUACAUUCAUUUAUGUUGAUGAUUAAUAUAAAAUGUUUUUCACACAUAUUUUUUAAUAGUUUCCCAUAGCAGGACAUCAAUUCGAUUUUUAGCUCACCUGAGCACAACGUGCUCAUGGUGAGCUAUUGUGAUCGCCUUUUGUCCGUCGUGCGUCGUCAACAUUUACCUUGUUAACACUCUAAAGGUCACAUUUAUUGACCAUUCUUCAUGAAACUUGGUUAGAACAUGUGUCUCAAUAAUAUCUUGGACGAGUUCGAAAAUGGUUCCGGUUGGUUGAAAAACAUGGCUGCCAGGGGGCGUGGCAGUUUUCCUUUUAUUGCUAUAGUUAACCUUGUUAACACUCUAGAAGUCACAUUUUUAGUCCGAUUUUCAUAAAACUUUGUCAGAACAUGUGUCCCAAUAAUAUAUUGGACGAGUUCGAAAAUGGUUCCGGUUGGUUGAAAAACAUGGCCGCCAGGGGGCGUGGCAGUUUUCCUUAUAUGGCUAGAGUAAAACCUUGUUAACACUCUAGAAGUCACAUUUUUAGUCCAAUCUUCAUGCAACUUUGUCAGAACAUGUGUGCCAAUAAUAUCUUGGACGAGUUAGAAAAUGGUUCCGGUUGGUUAAAAAACAUGGCCGGUAGAGCUGCAACGAUUCGAUCCGAUUCAUUGAAAAUCGAUUCGAAAUGCUUUGAUUCGAUUACGAUACCAAACGUACCAAAUUCGAUUCGAUUCUUAUACAUAUAUAUACAUAGAUACGUAAAGCACGCUGUAUUCUGACUAUUGAUACGGGAAGGUGAAGGUUUCAAUUUACCUGUAAUUAAGACCCGCGCGAUUGGUUGCUUAUUACUUUAGUCAUCCAUUCAAUAAGUGCGUUAUGGUCUACUUUCGGAAAAAGCGUCAAAAUGGCUGGACAAGUUGUUGCCGACAAAUUGAAACUAUCAGAUGCGCCUAAGAAGCUAAAAUCAAAAGUGUGGCAGUAUUUUGGGUUUAGGGAUGGUAGCCCUACUGAUAAAGCAAAGUGUAAACUGUGCUUCACAGAUGUGGCGUACGCAAAGUCCGACUCAACCACUAAUCUAAUGCAACAUGUCAAACGCAAACAUAACGUUGAUUUAGCAAGAUUAAGAGGUCGCACAAGUGCAACUACUGCAGUCGCGAGCUAGAAAAGUAGUUCUAUUUCUGUUGGAAUUUUGUUAAGUUUAUUAGAGAAUGUGAUUUGUCCUACAGGUAACAGGUGAUGCUGUCAUGUCACAAUGGUAGACAUGCUUAUUGCGGUUUUGGGUAAGAGUAUUAUGUGAUAGUACUACCAUUCAACUGAUUCCAGAUACGUUCUUAUGAUUAUUUAUAUAUUUUUUAUAUUAUUGUGUAAUCAACACAAUCUUCUAGUCAGAAGUUUUUAUAUUAAAAUUCCUAAUUGCUUUUCUUUUUUAUGUGUUUUAUUGAAGUCACAUUUGAACAGAAAUGUUAAUUUUGAGGCAUAAGAGUGAAUAUAUGAUAAAACUAGGUUUGAAGAUGAAUCGAAUCAAAAAAAUCGGUAUCGGAGUGUCUGAAAUAGAAAUCAAAUCGAACUGUUGGUGAAUCGUUGCAGCUCUAAUGGCCGCCAGGGGGCGUGGUAGUUUUCCUAAUAUGGCUAUAGUAAAACCUUGUUAACACUCUGGAAGUCACAUUUUUAGUCCAAUCUUCAUGAAACUUGGUCAAAACAUGUGUCCCAAUAAUAUCUUGGACGAGUUCGAAAAUGGUUCCAGUUGAAUGAAAAACAUGGCCGCCAUGGGGCGGGGCAGUUUUCCAUAUAUGGCUUUACUGUAUGGUAAAACCUUGUUAGCACUUUAGAAGUCACAUUUGUGGUCCAAUGCUCAUGAAACUUGGUCAGAAUAUUUGAACUAAUAAUAUCUGGGCUAAGUUCAAAAAUGGUUGAAGUCAGUUAAAAAAACAUGGCCGCAAGGGGGCGUGGCAUUUUUCCUUAAAUGGCUAUUUACUACAAAACCUUGUUAACACUCUAGAAGUCACAUUUAUUAUCCAAUCUUUAUGAAACUUGAUCAGAACAUUUGUUCUAACAAUAGCUCGAGUGAGUUUGAAAAUGGUUAUGGUUCGUUGAAAAACAUGGCCCCCAGGGGGGGGGGGGGGCAGUUGUCCUUAUAUGGCUUUAGUGAAAACUUGUUGACACUAUAUUAGCCACAUUUAUUGGCUAAUCUUCAUGAAACUUGGUCAGAACAUUUGUCCCAAUGAAAUUUUGCCAGAGAUUGAAGCUGGGUCAUAUGAGCUCAAAAACAAGGUCACAAGGUCAAAUAUAAAAAACAUGUUAAAAGUCACUUUUUUGGUCCAAAAUAAUCUUCAUGAAUCAGCUUGCAUUUUUUUCAGAAUAGUCUAGUUCCUUUGGCUUUCAGGUUAGGGCCUUAGGGUCUGAUGGCCCUCUUGUUUGUAUUAAAUCCAUUUGGUGAUUGUGUUUUAAACUUCUUUAUGAAUUCCAAUUCCUUAAUAAGUCUGUAAUAACGGGAACUGUCUCUUAUUUGUGUUAGCACUGAUAUACCCAUGUCCUGCCCUCUGUGGCAAGCACCACUGAAUUGUUCUGAGAUUGGUUUAUCUCUUCGUAGCAGCUUGUCAGCCUCAUGUUCUUUUAUGUAUACUAUGAAGCUGUCAGCUUUGUAAAGGCAACUUAAUAUUGAAACAUUGAUACCAGUGGUCCUGGUUUACAAUUAAAUUGGCAAAGAUUAUGUUGUACAAAGAAUUUUUUUUAACUCAAAGCUAUUAGAUUAUAUUAAAUUAUUUCAAAUUUUUUUAUUGGUAAUACUGUGUACAUGGUAUAAGGAUGGCACAGAUAAAUACAUGUACUUGUUUUUGUCAAAUAUGUAGCUUUGCUCAAAUUAGAGUAAAGACCUGAUUUCUCAACACUUUUAGGUCACUUGUAACAUGAACUUGGUUUUUAAGUACUGAUGGAAGGUAAAGGUUCACUCUGCCAUGAGUGUUUCUACUUAGGAACCUUCUUACCUUUCCAUUUAUGUCUGACACAAACCUCCCCCAAUAACAUGUACAGUGGCUGCCCCUAUGAAUCAGGUCUGACAUGAACCUCGCCCAAUAACAUGUACAGUUGCUUCCCUUAUAAAUCAGUAUGUGCUGUGUGUGUGUGUGUAUUGUCACCGAUGGUUUACUGCAGGGCUGUACUAUUCCCCUGUAUACUUCUUGCCCUGUAGGACCAGUGAUUGCAUUUCCUAACUUGCAGUUUGAGCUUUGCUUUGUUCUUUACAAAAAUAUUUUAUGGUUACAUACAUGUACGAGUCAAGUAUUGUUCUAAAGCAGUUAUGUCCCUUUGAUUUUCAGAAAAUAAAUUAUAUAAUUACCCAGCUGCUAUAUAUUUGGAUAAUUAUACCCCCACAAACCAACUUUAGGGGGGUAUAUAGGAGUGAGCUUGUCUGUCUGUCGGUUGGUCGGUCGAUUUGUAUUAAGUGUCUGCUCUCUAUUUCAAGUUGUUUUCAUCCGAUUCACAAAGCUUGGUCAGAAGUUGUAUCUAGAUGAUUUCUAGGUCAAGUUCAAAUAUUUUUGUAUACUAGUAACUGUGUUGCUUGAUUACAUUUGGAUAGUUAUGAGUAGACUCCCUGGAUCGGUUGGUAUACAAAAACUUAAUUUUGGCAUUUUCUGUGUAAAAUUUCGGGUUAUUCAGAACAAAGAAAAGUGAAGUGUUAAGUUAUCACAUUUUACACAUGGAAAAUGCACUUGCCUGGUUGGACUGCAUCACAUAAAUCAAGCAGGCCACAGGGCAAUAUACACUUGCCGUGGCUUGCGAUGGAAUUCAAUUGUACACCCUUAGGUUUGGUAGAAAAUAAUCAUUUGAAUGCAUUAAAUAGUUAACUAGUUUACAGAUCAGAGUUUACAAAAAAAAAUAUUCAAAGUAAACAUUUAUUGGACAAUUUUUAGAUAUAUAAAAACAUGUGUUUAUUAGAAAAUUGUACUAUUUGGUUUGACUGUUAAUUGAAAACAGUGGCAUAUAUAGAAUGACACUGGCCUUUUUAUGUCCCCCACUAUAGUAGUGGGGGACAUAUUGUUUUUGCCCUGUCUGUUGGUCUGUCUGUUUGCGCCAACUUUAACAUUUUGCAAUAACUUUUGCUAUAUUGAAGAUAGCAACUUCAUAUUUGGCAUGAUUGUGUAUCUCAUGAAGCUGCACAUUUUGAGUGGUGAAAGGUCAAGGUCAUCCUUCAAGGUCAGAGGUCAAAUAUAUGUGGCCCAAAUCGCUUAUUUUAUAAAUACUUUUGCAAUAUUGAAGAUAGCAACUUGAUAUUUGGCAUGCAUGUGCAUCUCAUGGAGCUGCACAUUUUGAGUGGUGAAAGGUCAAGGUCAUCCUUGAAGGUCAGAGGUCAAAUAUAUGUGGCCCAAAUCGCUUAUUUUAUGAAUACUUUUGCAAUAUUGAAGAUAGCAACUUUAUAUUUGGCAUGCAUGUGUAUCUCAUGGAGCUGCACAUUUUGAGUGGUGAAAGGUCAAGGUCAUCCUUCACAAGGUCAAGGUCAUCCUACAAGGUCAAACAUCAUAUAGGGGGACAUUGUGUUUCACAAACGCAUCUUGUUGCAUUUGAGAUUGUUUUCAAGUAAAUGUGAACUCUAUAUCUGCUGUGUGUUCAGCUCUACAUUUGUACAGAAUACACAGAAGUUUCAAAUUUUAAAUUGAAAUGGCAAGUCUAGAGUAUAAGCUUGUUUUUGUUUUUAUCAAUCAAUACUUGAUUCAUGUUGUAUUCUUCUGGAAUAAACUGCAAUACGUUUUA